AUGAUUUCUUUGGAGUGCGACAAUAAAGGCUCCACGAAGGCAAAUAUUCAUACCUCCUGGUUAAGAACCUGCCCUCGUGAAAAUCCCAAUGAAGAUAAAUGCUUUAGAAAAUUCUUUGAGGGUUGCUUUCCGGCCUUGGCUACGGGUAUACCGGAAAUUGGUGUCAACGGCUUUGAGCCACUGCACAUUGAUCAAGUUUCCGUACAGAAGGGUAGUGGAAAUCUCAUAUUGGCUGGUGGCUUUCAAAAUCUUGUAAUACGAGGUCCCUCAAAUGCCACCGUCAAGAGGGCUGUUUUGGAUUUGGAAAAGAAAAUCUUAAAUUUUGAACUGGAAAUCCCCUUGCUACGCAUACGAGCCAAAUAUAAUUUAAAUGGUCACAUUUUGGUAUUACCAUUGGUGGGCAAUGGAGAUGUUCGGCUGGCCUUGAAGGAUGUCAAAACGGCUGUAUAUACCAAAAUUAGUUUACGUAAUGCUCCAGAGGAAGUAAUUCACAUCGAUGACAUGAAGGUAACCUUCAAUGUCGGCUCAAUGCGCAUUCAUCUCCACAAUCUUUUCAAUGGCAAUGAAAUUUUGGCCGCCUCCAUUAAUUCGUUCCUUAAUCAAAAUGGCAAUGAUGUCAUUGCUGAAUUGAGACCAGAUUUGGAAAAGGGUCUGGCUGACAUCUUCCAUGGUCUGUGGAAUAAUGUCUUCUCAAAAAUACCAUUGAAAUUAUGGCUAGUUUAA